AUGGCUCCAAGUGCAACAACUGCUCCUGUUAAGGCCGCUGCGCCGGCUCCCAAAAUCGGCAGCGAGCCCUUGCGGCCAAAGGAAUACUUUGACAAGCGUUCGGCAGAAGAGAUGAAGAAGAACCUCAAGAUUCCAGAGCGGACCUUGCAGGAGAUGAUGGCCUGUGCAUGCAGAAUAAUCUCCAGCAAACAGGAAGACGCGGGCAUGACUGGCCAGAUUAGUGCGCGUUCUGAGAAAGGCGACGGGUUCUACUGGACUCUACGCUUCGGCGUCGGCUGGGACGAGGCCAACCCAGAGGAUAUGAUUGAGGUUGAUGGCGAUCUUAACACCGUGACGGGCGACGGCAUGGCUAACCCAGCCACCCGCUUCCACCUUUGGGUCUACUCAGGUAGACCAGAUGUCCACAGCAUUAUCCACACUCAUUCUCCUUGGGUUCAGGCGCUGGCAGCCGCCGAGCAGCCUCUUGUUGUCUCUCAGAUGGAUAUGACGCCUUUCUACAAUAACUGCGCAUUCCUCGGCAAGUGGCCGGGCCUGCCCAUUGCCGACGAUGAGGGUGUCAUCAUCACAGCGGCCCUGGCCGACAAGAACUCCAUUAUCCUCGCCAACCACGGCAUGCUCACGGCCGGGAAGAACGUGCGCGCAUCUACAUACCUAGCAGUUUUAUUGGAGCGUGCGUGUCGUAUUCAGCUGCGGGCAGCUGCUUAUGGUCCUCCUAGGCCUGUCAACGGAGCUCUUGCUAAGGAGGCUGGUGCUUACCUUCUGCGAGAUAACAUCGUCAACUCUUCCUUUGAAUACUGGUACCGACAGAGCAAGGGAUUUGCCCCUAUGUCUAUAUAG